UUAUUGGCAGUUAGGGGAGGCGGUGAGGUUGUUAAAUGUGGUUAAUUAUCAUUAACCAUGGUUAAUCUCUUAAUCGCGUUAGGCAAGAUUUGGACCUGAAAGGCUAUAAAAUGAGUGCUCCAUCACAGCUUUUCUCAUUUAUUCUUAUACAGAGAAUUUAACAGACGCCUCCGCUGUGUGUGAGGCGUAGAGAGAGAGAAGAAAACACAGACAACAAUGGCGGUUUCUGUGAGAUGGCUCUCUCUAUGCACAAUGCUGGUUCUAAUGCUGUUUGUUAGUGUAAAUUGUUCCGCAGAGAAGGUCGAGCUGAAGAACAGGUUUGAAGGAGCAGAGAAAUUGCAGAGCCCUAAAAACUCAUCCAUGGAAAUCAGGUCAAACGAUGCAUUGAAUGAGCAUGUGGUGGAAAAUCCAGAUGAAGUUGCUGCAAUGGUUGAUAUGAGCAUACGCAAUAGCACAGAAAGGAGAAAGUUGGGAUUUUUCUCAUGUGGAACAGGCAACCCAAUUGAUGAUUGUUGGCGAUGUGACCGAAAUUGGCACCUUCACCGGAAGAGCCUAGCCAACUGUGCUAUUGGCUUUGGACGGAAUGCAGUCGGUGGUCGUGAUGGCAAGUACUAUGUUGUCAGUGACCCUGGUGAUUACGACGCUGUUAACCCCCGACCCGGGACGCUCCGCCACGCCGUCAUCCAGGACAGGCCUUUAUGGAUUGUGUUCAAGAGAGACAUGGUGAUAACACUUAAACAGGAACUUAUCAUGAACAGCUUCAAGACAAUUGAUGCCCGCGGAGUCAAUGUUCACAUUGCCAAUGGUGCUUGUAUCACGAUCCAAUAUGUCACAAAUAUCAUUAUCCAUGGUCUCCAUAUUCAUGAUUGCAAGCCAACGGGGAAUGCCAUGGUUCGAAGCUCGCCUUCUCAUUAUGGGUGGAGGACAAUAGCUGAUGGAGAUGGCAUUUCAAUUUUUGGAGCAAGUCACAUUUGGGUUGAUCACAAUUCUCUAUCUAAUUGUGCUGAUGGACUUAUUGAUGCUAUAAUGGCUUCAACCGCUAUCACUGUCUCCAACAACUACUUCACCCAUCACAAUGAGGUUAUGCUAUUGGGUCAUAGUGAUUCUUAUACUAGAGAUAAGGUAAUGCAAGUGACCAUUGCCUACAACCAUUUUGGUGAGGGUCUUAUUCAAAGAAUGCCAAGGUGUAGACAUGGGUAUUUCCAUGUAGUGAACAAUGACUACACACACUGGGAAAUGUAUGCUAUUGGUGGAAGUGCUAAUCCCACCAUUAACAGCCAGGGCAACAGAUAUCUUGCCCCUGCAAACUCUUUUGCCAAGGAGGUGACAAAAAGGGUGGAAAUGGAUAAAAAUAUGUGGAAGCACUGGAACUGGAGAUCAGAGGGAGACCUGAUGCUCAAUGGAGCCUACUUCACUCCAUCAGGAGCUGGAGCAGCUGCCAGCUAUGCCAGGGCCUCAAGCUUAGGAGCCAAAUCCUCUUCCAUGGUCGCUACUCUUACUUCCAGUGCCGGUGCCCUAGCUUGUCGCAAGGGCAGGCAAUGUUAAUUUUCAACCCCAACACCAAUUGGAGAAAAACCAAAGAAACAAAGAGGAAAAGAGAGAAGAAGAAGAGAAACAGUGAGUUUCUUUCUUUGUUAAUUUCUUUCCAUUACUAUUCUGUUACAGCAGAGGUCAAUUUGAAGCCAUUAAUAGUUCAAGUCUCCAAUUAGUAUCUCACUAUCUCUCCCUGGCAAAUAUUUUGACAAAAUGUACAUUAUUUUCACAUGUUGUCAAGCUGUCAGGAUUGCCAUUGAUCGACCUCGGCCUGCUUAAGCUGCCGUAGUGUUGUUCACUUCUUUUGUUUUACUCUCACAUCUAAAUUUCUCAUACAACUUAUAUGCAACAAUCUCUCCUUGA